AGGGAACGCCUACUUACAGAGACAGGAACCGUGAAAAAAAUGUACAAUGGUAAACUGCCUGAGUAAGACAUCUUCAUUUAUCCACCAUCUCUUCUACCUCCAGACAUCGAAUCGUAGUGGCUAUCUAAUUUGAAACCAUAAGUGAUACUAGUGAGAUGUCAUAUUGCUAAUCUAUAAAACAAUAUAAAUAUUUCCUCAUCUAAAUGGUCCUUCCAAACUUCUAGUUGGGUAUACGCCAGGUUACUGUAGCAGGGUUUUACAUCGAUCCACAAGAACAAAAGAACAAAACACAGCGUAAACAUGAAAUCUUUGGCGCUUGUUGUCCUGCUGUGCCUUGCCUGCGGUCUGAUGUCUUCCUCAUUCGUACUCGCGUCGCCGCAUAUGUGGAGUAAGUUGAUCCUAACUCAACACUGGCCAAGCACAUUUUGCAGUAUGGAACACUGUGAUCCCAAAUUUGACUACUGGACUUUGCAUGGACUGUGGCCAGAUAAAGGCCAGGAAUGCAAUUCAUCUUGGCACUUCAAUGUAACUCUAAUCCAGGACCUACUUCCAGAUAUGCAGAAGUGGUGGCCGGAUCUUAWAACUCCAGCYUCCUCUGAAUUCUGGCAAUAUGAAUGGCAAAAACAUGGAACGUGUGCUGCAAAAGCAGAGUCCCUAAACAGUCAACACAAAUACUUUGGCAAAGUCCUGGAGCUGUAUCACACAUUAGACCUUGAUGGAGUGAUGAAGAAAUUUAACAUUGUGCCCUCGGAGACUUAUUAUGCUUUUGACCACAUCGAAGGAAUCAUUCUCAACUUCUACAGUGUGAAACCAAAGAUUCAGUGUAUUCAUCCAAAGGGUGGGAAGGUGCAAAUCUUGGGCCAGAUCGAGAUCUGCUUCAACUCAGACUUCCAACUUGCCAACUGUGAGCAUUCUGAGACAGACACUCUGAGACUAAUUGACUUCCUCAAUGUUAAGGGUACAGAGUUUAGUGUAUGUGACCAUGCAACACCUGUCUACUACCCUCCCUUUAAGGGGAAGCCAUCAAUGUAGUGGCUAGUGAGGUCUGGUGACUCUAUGAUCAGUCAUAUCUCACAUGGAACAUACUCUUCGAAAAAAGGGUUAUUCGGCUGUCUCAUAGGAAAAACCUUUUUGGUUCCAGGUAGAACCCUCUGUAGAAAGGGUUCUA